GAAUGCCUUCCCUUUCAUACCCUCAUCAGCAAACUUUGGAAACUAUACUCCUCUCUGUGGGACAGGGGCAUGCCCAGAUGAAGAUCUGCCUGAGGCAUUCAGUGCCCACAGGGGAGCCCACACCUCCUGCUUAGAAAGCUUCACCCUCCUCCUGACCAGCAACUGAAGAAGGGUAUUCCAAGCAGUGGCCUGAUCUCUGCCUUGACCUAGAACAGGAUGAGGAGAGCAGUCCAGGCCCCUCUGGAGGGUUCAGCCUCCAAGUGGUGCUGAAGACACAACAAGGGGUGGGGAUCCUUGAGGGCAGGGGCGGAGCAAAGUAGGUGAUAUCUAGUCCAGCGCCUAGAGCCUAAAACUCCCAGAGCCUCUUCCAUACACAUCUCCCCAUGGACCGCACCGUGGUGCUCAUCACCGGCUGUUCCUCCGGCAUUGGCUUGCACCUGGCCCUGCGUCUGGCGUCAGACCCCUCCCAUAGCUUCAAAGUGUAUGCCACGCUCCGGGACCUGAGCACGCAGGGCCCGCUGUGGGAGGCAGCCCAAUCCCAAGGGUGCCCUCCUGGCUCCCUGGAGACGUUGCAGCUGGAUGUGCAGGACGCAGAUUCUGUGGCUGCAGCCUGGGCACGUGUGACCGAGGGCCGCGUGGAUGUGCUGGUGUGUAACGCGGGCCGGGGCCUGCUCGGGCCGCUGGAGGAGCACUCAGAGGAUGAUGUGGGCUCUGUGCUGGAUGUGAACGUGGUUGGGACUGUGAGGAUGCUCCAGGCCUUCCUACCAGACAUGAAGCGCCGCCGCUCAGGACGCAUAUUAGUGACAGGGAGCAUGGGAGGCUUGAUGGGGCUGCCUUUCAAUGCUGUUUACUGCGCUAGCAAGUUCGCCAUCGAAGGUUUAUGCGAGAGUCUGGCGGUUCUGCUGCUGCCCUUUGGAGUCCACUUGAGCCUCAUCGAGUGCGGCCCGGUGCGCACUGCGUUCCAGGAGAAGGUGCAGCACGGCCCUGGCGUGGCCCUGGACGGCGUGGACACCCAGACCCGCGACCUCUUUUCCCACUUCCAGCGCCACUUGGAGCAGGUCUUCUGCAGGACGGCGCAGGACCCAGAGGAUGUGACAGAGGUCUUCCUCACCGCGCUGCGAGCCCCGCGGCCAGCCCUGCGCUACUAUAGCUCCGAUCGCCUCCUGCCCCUGGUGCAGCUGCGCCUAACCGACCCCAGCGGCUGCAGCUACGUCGCGGCCAUGCACAGAGCAGUGUUCAGUGACGAGCCCGUCGAGAGUCCGGACAGCGCCCCGAAGGAGUCGGGAUCUGGAGAACUAGCGGGCCCUGAGCUUGACACUCCUCCCGGCGCCCCUCAAUAAAGGCUUAGUUCCGUGCGGUCUCCCUCAACGUCCUUUGUGUCCUCGGGGUGUGCUGUUCUGGGGGAUGGAACGGGACUCCUGACUACUGCACAGGCAGGUGCUGUGGGUGAGCAACUAGGAAAGAUCUCGUUAACCCAGGUUACACCUACGCAGAAACCUCCCAGAAAGGGGGAGGAGCAAGCCAGGGUCUUCCCUCAAGCCCAACGCCCUUAUCUGCAGCAGUGGGAGUUAGGCGGGAGUUAGGCGGACUUAAAUGGAGGGAGAGUCAGGUUGUGCCUUGGCCCCCACUAGUCAUGGGACUUCAGACUCUCUGAGUCUGUUUUCUUAUCUGUAAAAUGGGUAUAAUCUUUGUCAGGGAUCAUAGUACGGAUUAAUUGAGAUAAUGCCUGAAAUGCUGGUGUAGCAUUAAUAGCACAGCUAUCAUUAUUACUACUAGUGGUAUUACUAGUAUUGUAAUUGAAUUUUCAUGCGGUAGCCAGAUGUGUAAAGAAGAUACAAGGCCAAAUGUAUUAAAAGGAGACAACCUCAUUCACCCUCCUCCUUGCCCCCUUGCCCUAGACAAAACUAGUGGGAGAUGUAAAAAAAAAAAACAAAACACACACACACACACCUCUGUGGGAGGGAUCCCACCAGCCCAGAAACUGCUUCUCAUCAGAAGGUUUAGCCAAGGCUUCAACCUGGCCGGUUUGUCCAGUAGCCUGUCCUCCUUCCUGAAGCCUGCCAAAGGAGCUGGAGCGGCAGGAGCCACUGAAAGGGCCCUGCAGGGCUGGGUGCUGGGGAGGGGUGGAGAACUGGUAGAAACUAGGUGAGAAGGUUGCAGGCAGAGAAAAGGGGAGGAGUGCCCUGAAGGGGACGAUAUUGAGGGAGGGACUGAAAGAGGGACAGGGAGGACCAGGGUCAUGGCUGCUGAGAGCCUAGAAAUGGGAAGAGAGAAGAACCUACUGGGGUUCUUGAGGGCUUUGUGUGGGAUCUUAGGGGAAGGAGGCACUGCAUCCUGACCUGAACCCACAUCCAGAUAAUGGUCUGCUCUGGACCUUUAGACUGUCUGCUGCUUCUGCUCUGGGGGAAAGUUCAAGAAGGGAUCUCAAUCGUACCAUACCUACCUAUCUCCCCGCCCCUCUGGCCCAGAUUGCUCUGCUGUCCCUGCAGCAUCCGGGAAGGCUGCAGGAAUGGGACAAGGCCAAGAUGGCACACAUCCCUGAGGUGUGGGAACUGCUCUCUUUGCACUUGUGAGUGUGUGUAUGCACUUACAAGGUCACCCCUGGGGGAACAUGAUGAUGAGAAAGGAAGCGUGUGACCGCUCUCUCAAUACAUUCAUACUCUUAAUAAUCUCAUGCAGCCCUGUAGCCAAGCUCCCUGUGAUUUUAAUGCCCCCAGUAUUUUUGGCAAUUAGAACUGAAUAAUUUAAUUCUUAAUUAGGCCUUUGUUUAGCUGUUAACUGCUCUUCCUGCUCAACUCCCUUCCUUCUCAGGAAUGUCUUCAGGAAUGUAGUCAUAAAUUGCUGAUAUUGUAUCUCUGUCCAACAGGAGGAGAUCACUUCAAGAUCCAGAAGAGAAUUAAUGCGUCAGUUGAAGACACAAGGAAAGACUGUCUUCAAGGUAGCUGUGACCAACUGCUGAAACCCAGGAGCCUGAUGCAAAAAAAAGUGUUAUUGGAGACUGAAGAAACACAGACUUCUCUCUCAGUUCCCUGAAACUGCCUCUCCUUUACUCCCUAGCCACAUAAAAACUCCCACUUUUGCAUUUUGAGGGGGAUGGAUUUGAGAGAUCUUGCUCUCGGGGCCUCUCACUUGGGCCAAAUCAAAUAAACCUUUCUGUAUCUCCAAG